AUGGGACGCAAGAACUUCCGCGGCGGUCGCAAAGGUGGUGGAAACAGUCGAGGAGGACCCCGCGGUGGUUUCUCUGGGGGAGACGACCGCGAUCGCAACCCUUCCUGGCGCUCGAUCCCAGCCGCCGACAAGAAGCACGAGAAGCUUGAGCGCUAUUACAACACCGUCCUGCCACUCGAGGAUGACGAGCGAGCCGAGUUCUGGGACGCGCUCAAGAAGGAGCUUCCCAACUCGUUCCGUUUCGCUGGCUCCAAGGGUCACGCGCUUGCCGUCAAGCGAUUACUCGAAGAACGAUACGCUCCCGAGAUUGUCAAGAUUGAGAGAUUCGAUGGCGAGAAGGUCGAGGCUCCUCAGCCCGUCACCUGGUACCCUGACGGAUUGGCAUACUCCAUGAACACGCCAAAGCACAUUAUUCGCAAGUUCCCGCCUUUCGCCGCUUUCCAAAAGUUCCUCGUGUCUGAGACGAGUGUUGGAAACAUUAGCAGACAAGAAGUUGUCAGCAUGAUCCCACCUCUGCUCAUGGACGUGAAGCCUGGCCACACGGUCCUGGAUCUUUGCGCCGCUCCCGGAAGCAAAUCUGCUCAGUUGGUCGAGAUGAUCCACAAGGGCGAGGAAGCCAGGAUUCGCAAGGUCCUCGAGUCUUUUGGUGAGACGAGAGCAGAGACGGUCGACGAUGACGACGCGGCAGAUCUCGCCGCGGACCCCAGCGACGAUGGAAGAGCCACGGGUCUGCUCAUUGCAAACGAUGCCGAGUACAAGCGCUGCCACAUGCUGGUGCACCAGCUUAAGCGACUCUCCUCGCCCAACAUUCUGGUCACCAACCACGAUGCUACUCUGUUCCCGUCCAUCAAGGUUCACGACCCCGCGAACCCUAAGCAACAAUACCUCAAGUUUGACCGAAUUCUGGCCGACGUGCCUUGCUCGGGAGAUGGCACCAUGAGGAAAAACAUGAACCUAUGGAAAGAUUGGCAGCCGGGCAAUGCUCUUGGCCUCCACACGACCCAAGUCCGAAUCUUGAUUCGUGCUCUGCAGAUGUUGAAGGUGGGCGGCCGAGUGGUGUACUCGACUUGUAGCAUGAACCCCGUUGAAAAUGAGGCUGUGGUUCUUUCCGCCAUUGAGCGAUGCGGUGGCCCUUCAAAGGUGGAUAUUAUCGACUGCAGCGACCGACUUCCCGGCCUGAAGCGCAAGCCCGGCAUGUUCCAGUGGAGCAUCAUGGACAAGACGGGACGGAUCUGGAACAACUGGGAAGAAGUUCAACAACACAUGUUGACCACGGGCGAGAGCGUUCCUCCUGGAAGACUGACCCACUCCAUGUUCCCGAGACCCGACGACAAGGAGUGCUCCAGCCUGCCGCUCGAUCGUUGCAUGAGAGUCUACGCUCACCAACAGGAUACCGGCGGUUUCUUCAUUACCGUGUUGGAAAAGAAGGCGGAAGUCAAGGUGAAGCCCGAAUCCGGACCAAAGGGCCCUGAAGUUGAGGCAUCAUCAAAUGGCACCGGAAAGGAAGCUGCCGAGGAGGUUGCCGCGAAGCUAGAGGUCGAAGAAGCCAAGGCUGCCGAGGGCGAGCCUACCGACGUGAUCCCAGCCAACGGAGUAAAGCGGACGCGGGAGGAAAGCGAGAGCAAUGCGGAACAAGACGCAAAGAAGGUCAAGACGGAUGACGAGGCCGUCAAGACCGAUGAGGUUAUGGCUGACGUAGAGCCUGCCACUGAGGCAGAGAGCACACCGGCCGUGACGACGGAAGCGACAUCUGCAGUGGCAACACCCAGUGCAGAAACUCCCAAGCCACAGCAACCACAAAAGAAACUACACAGAAACGCCGAUGGCACACACGAAGAGCCCUUCAAGUACCUGCCGGUCGAUCACGAAGUCAUCGCCAUGAUUAAAGAUUUCUACAAGCUUUCUGAGCGCUUUCCCACGGACCGAUACAUGGUACGAAAUGCUACCGGCGAGCCGUCCAAGGCAAUCUACUACACUACAGCCCUCCUGCGAGAUAUUCUGGUGCAGAAUGAGGGCCGUGGCAUCAAAUUUGUGCACGGUGGUGUCAAGAUGUUCAUGAAGCAAGACUCACCUUCCGCCGAGGUGUGCCGGUGGCGCAUCCAGUCCGAGGGCAUGCCCAUUAUCCAAGGCUACGUCGGCCCCGAGCGCGUCAUUCGCCUGACCAGCAAGGACACGUUCCACAAGCUGCUCAAGGAAAUGUUCCCGCGCUUCUCCGACGACGAGUGGACCAAGCUCGGCGAGAUUGGCGAGGCGGCGCGCGACAUUGCCAUGGGCUGCUGCGUCCUGCGCGUCGAGCCCGACGGCACCGACCCCGACUUUUCCGAACGCAUGGCCCUGCCGCUGUGGAAGAGCUUCCUGUCCCUCAACCUCAUGCUGCCCAAGGAAGACCGCGCCGCCAUGCUGCUGAGGAUUUUUAACGACACUUCUCCCGUCGUCAACAUGUCGCUCAAGGAGUCGGCCAAGAAGGACGCCGAUACAGGUGCCGUCGAGGUAAAGGAGGAGGCACAGGCCGAGGCGGUGGCCGCCGAGACUGCAGAGGAGAGCCCUGCUGUGCUGCCCGCUGCUGCAGAGGAGGAGACAAAAAUGGAGGAGGCGCCAGCUGUCGAGGCAGACACCAAGGCAGAGUAG